AUGGAUCUGGAUACACUGCCGCCAUUUUCCACAUUAUGGCUCGUAGGUGGUGUUACCCUAGCUGCGCUAGAGAGCUGGGGCAUCAUAUCUCCUUAUUACAUGUUUUACUCACCCCAAUUUGUAUUUAAACGGCGGCAGUAUUGGCGUCUGAUAACUUCGUUCAUGUACUUUGGACCGCUAAAUCUCAAUUUGCUGUUCAACUUGUUCUACUAUGUGCGGUUUGCGUUCAUGCUUGAGUCCCAAACAUUUGGAUCGACACGCCGCGCAGAGUAUGCAUGGCUCUUGCUAUGUGCCUCUCUGGCUACGCUCUUAAUAGGCUCUGCCUGCUCCAUUCGAUUUCUUUCGGAGCCGUUGUAUUGGCUUCUGAUGUAUGUGUGGAGCCGCAAAAAUCGACACUUGCGGGUCGGAUUCUUUGGAUUGAUCGUCAUCAGCGCUGCCUAUUUGCCGAUCUUGGAACUGUUCUUGGGUUAUUUUAAUGGCUCGUUUGGCGACGGACGUCAGGUUUUAGGAUUGGUUCUGGGCCAUAUCUACUAUGUCGCAACGGAACUCUGGCCACGCGAAUACGAAGGGAUGGGCCAAAACUGGCUUCAGCCGCCACAAGUAUGGUACGUAUGCAUAGAUCUUACCCGGCACAGGCUCUCCUUGUUUGGCACACGCGCGAACUAA